AUGGCUAAGAAAGCAGGAGUUUUAGGAGCCACAGGUUCUGUGGGCCAGAGAUUUAUUUUAUUGUUAUCACAACACCCAGAUUUUGAAAUUCAUGCAUUGGGAGCUUCGUCAAGAUCUGCAGGUAAGGCAUAUAAGGAUGCCGUUAGCUGGAAACAAACCGACAUAUUACCCGAAUCAGCUCAAAACAUUGUUGUCCAAUCUUGUGAGCCGGAAGGUAGAUUCAAAGAGUGUGACAUCGUGUUUUCUGGGUUAGAUUCAGACGUUGCAGGUGAAGUGGAAAAGAGCUUUGUCGAAGCAGGAUUGGCUGUCGUUUCAAAUGCAAAGAACUACAGAAGAGAGAAAGAUGUUCCAUUAGUUGUUCCAAUUGUAAAUCCUGAACAUUUGGACAUUAUAGAGAACAAAGUCAAGAAAUCCCAUGCCGAGGGUAAGAAGACCGGCUACCUCAUCUGUAUUUCCAACUGUUCCACAGCUGGUUUAGUUGCUCCAUUGAAACCAUUGGUGGAAAAGUUUGGUCCAAUUGAUGCAUUAACAGCCACUACGUUACAAGCUAUCUCUGGAGCUGGGUUCUCGCCUGGUGUAUCAGGAAUGGACAUUUUGGACAACAUUGUCCCAUACAUCAGUGGAGAAGAGGACAAAUUGGAAUGGGAAACGAAAAAGAUCCUUGGUUUGCUCAAUAAAGAAGGUACCGAAGUGGUCAACAUCCCAGACGAGGAUAUGAAAGUUAGCGCUCAAUGUAACCGUGUGCCAGUCAUUGAUGGACACACUGAAUGUAUAUCGUUUAGAUUUGCCAACAGGCCUGCGCCAUCUGUUGAGGAUGUCAAGAAGGCAUUGAGAGAGUACCAAUGUGAUGCAGCAAAACUCGGCUGUCACUCAGCCCCAAAGCAAACCAUACAUGUUUUGGAACAAGAAGACAGGCCACAACCAAGAUUGGACAGGGAGAGGGACAAUGGAUACGGUGUUUCCGUGGGUAGAGUUAGAGAAGACUCUUUGUUGGACUUUAAGAUGGUUGUUUUGUCGCAUAAUACUGUCAUUGGAGCCGCUGGUUCUGGUAUCUUGAUCGCCGAGAUUUUAAAUGCCAGAGGAUUAAUUUAG